CACAGCAUCACAUAUCCUUACUUUCUAUCCAUCUAUAUAAUGUCCGUCGAUUCGCCUGCUUCGCCCAAUGGCAUUGUUGAAAUCUCGGGUAUAAUCUUGGACCCGCUGACCGUGCUUGAAAAGACUAUAAACACUAUACAGGAAAUCAUCCCUGGGGCAGACGAUGACCUCAAGCAAAAGUUCCACUGGAUCAACUGUUCCCUCAAGAAUAUUACUCAAUUCAACUACACGGUUGUAGACAACUAUUUUUCCUCGGGCCGCUACUGGAAAGCACCCGAAGGCGAUAAACCGUUCUCUUCAGCGACGUUCUCUUGCUGCAAUGGCGAUGGUGCCAUCACAGGGGCGACAGGGGGCACAGCGUUCAAUCUGUGGCUUGACUCUCAGCAAUCGUUCGACUUCGCAGUGGGCUGGACGGACCCGGUCGUAGGCUCAACGCAAGCUGGAGUCGUGGAAUCCGCCAAAGCCGAGGCCGGCUACGAGGAGGUCUCCAGAGAAGGAGGGCAUAUUCAGUCCGAGAACCUCUACAUGGGAAAGGACGAGAAAGGCAACCCUGCAAAGUUCUAUAUUCAGGUCUCUGCUUCACCAGGCAAGGACCCUAUGUCGUUUGUAGUGCAGCAGGUUCCCUACGUGGGCUGAGGAUGACAAGAACAAGUACUAGUACAAGCUUACCUUAGGAGGAGUUGCACGAUCAUGUACACAAAGUGAAGGCUUCUGGGCGUUCAGGAAAAGCAAUGGCUUAGUAAUUAGUGAUCUUUUCACGACGACCAGUUUACGAUCUCAAUAUUAAUGAGAUGCUAUCAGUAUCACGUUGUACUUUGUCUUCGGGAGACUAGCUACAUCGUACGAGCCGUCCUGCACAUUAACAAAUAUUGACAUGCAUUCAUGAGAAACCGGCAUUUCGAAUUUUUUGCAUUCCAAUAACAAUUUACACACUUAACGCGUUUGCAUCUCAAUCAUUGGAAGUUCGGUACU